AUGAGCGCCGCGGAUUUGGCGGCGAAGAAGAUGCUGCUACCGUUCAUCAACGAGCUGUCCUUCAUCGAGAUUGCACUCGCUGCGCGAGGAAACCCCAGCGGGGGAGGACUAGCGUCGUCGAACCCAAUCGCAAAGGACGCCAUCAACCUCUUUCAGUCGUCCUACCUCUUCACUGAGGGCCUGAGCAGCCUUGGAAAAGCAACGGGGACGAUCCCAAGGAAUCCCUCGCCUCGACGGUCUCCGAGAAAGGUCUUGCAGCCACACGCACCGGAUAGCUUCGCUUUGUACGAAGCUCGAAGCGCGGUCGUUACAUUAUCCCGCUACCUUCUUCUCAACAUAGCCAUCGUAGAAUAG